AUGCCACCAAUCCGCACAACUCGCAACGCAAAACCUCCCCCCGCAGGCUUCGACGACAUCGAAGACACCCUCCUAGAAUUCAGCAAUAAAAUGAAAGAUGCCGAGAACGCAUCUCACGACGGGAAGAAGAGGCACGAAGUACUCUGGCCCAUAUUUCAGAUUACGCAUCAACGGUCUAGAUACAUCUACGAGCUCUACUACGAGAAAGAAGCCAUCUCAAAACAGCUCUAUGACUGGCUUUUGAAGAACAAGUAUGCGGACGCAAUGCUGAUCGCCAAGUGGAAGAAGCAGGGUUAUGAAAAGUUGUGCUGCCUCCGGUGCAUACAGACCAAAGAGACCAAUUUCAAUUCCACGUGUAUCUGCCGCGUGCCCAAGGCGCAGCUCAAGGAGGAGCAGGCGAUACAGUGCGUUAGCUGUGGGUGUCGGGGUUGUUCGAGUAGUGAUUAG